AUGCACCCUGUGAUUUCGGACGCGUUGCGAAACGCGCAUGGCACGUACCACGCGGCACUCGACCGGUACUACGCCCUCACCACCAAACAACGCAUUGCAGUGUGGCUAGGACUGGGUUUUGCGGGGUUUAUGGGUCUAGGAUUUCUGAUUUGGCACCAGACUCUCAUUGCCUGGCUCGUGGGGUUCGCCGAGAAGGUACACGACACGCCAUUUGCGUGGGUUGGUCUGUUUCUGGCCAUCUGCAUCAUCUCGUUCCCCCCCUUGAUUGGCUACAGCAUGAUCUCCACCUUCUGCGGAAUGGCCUACGGAUUCCCCAAUGGCUGGCCUCUGUUGGCUGCCGCCACCAUCAUCGGCUCCACGGCCUCUUUUCUGAUUGUGUCUCGGCGAUUUGCAAACUAUGCCCGUCAUCUGGCGCAGACAAACACGAAAUUUGCGGCUCUAACACAAACAAUGGAGAAGGACUCGUUUGCACUGCUGUGGAUGAUCCGGCUGUGCCCUUUGCCCUACUCCUUGAGCAACGGGGCCUUGGCUUCAAUUCCCUCAAUCACUCCCCAGGCCUUUGCUUUGGCUACAGCUAUCACUUCUCCCAAGCUGCUGAUCCACGUGUUUGUGGGAGACAGACUGGCUCGAUUGGGCCAGGGAGAAAAGGACUGGACGUCGACGCUGGUCGACUUUCUGUCCAUUGGUAUCGCUGUCUCUGCGGGAGCUAUUACUGCGUACAUUGUCUACACUCGAACGUUGCAGCGAGCUGCUGAGAUUGAGGCCGAGCAGCAUCCCAACUUGGAUGAGCUGGACGUGUUGGACGAUGAUGAGUUCAUUGUGAACGACGUCUAG